CAGCACCCUGCCUGCUCAGGCGUACCUGCAGAGCCAGGCAUCCCUCUGCUAAGUCUCACUCCAGGUAGCAGCAUGGUUCCCCAGGGAUGCUCCUGGCUGUGAAGUCCCUCUGUAGCAUCCACAGGGCUGGUCUCUGAGCCUGACAACUGCAGGCGACCUCCUGGUGGGAACCACCCCCUGAUGGUAGCUAAAGCCUCUGGAGGGGAAUGAGAAGUGCUUCUUUGUAAAGUUAAGUAACUCCUUGCCUGCAAUGCUUGCAAUGCAGCACUGCAGCAGGACCAGAAGCCCAGGAUGCAGGGCUCGGGCUUGGCUUGGGCUGUGAUGUGCCUGGAGAGUUGUUAGCACAGGCGUGUGUGGGAGAGCAAAUCAGCAGCUGAAGCAGCUUCAGAGAGACGGGAAUCUGAAGCUGAGGGCAGCGUAUCCAAGUUAGGGUGUUAGUGGAGCUGCGGACCAGCUUACAGCUGCAGGGAGAGCUGUCCCCAGUGUGUUUCGGUUAUCCAAGUGCCCAGGGAAAGCUUUGUAAAGGUGGCUGAGGUCUGGGAAAGGGCAGGACAAUGCUUGCUGGGUUGUACCACAGCUUGGCCGUACCACAUCAUACAAGCUGAACGGGGCUCUGGUGUGAUGGGGAAUGAGGCUGCCCUGGAGCAGAGCAUCCCGUGCCCCCUGGAAAGGGUUUGUGUGGACACUGCUGCCCAGCCUGGUGUGCAUGGGAGCAGUGCAUGGUGCCUUGCAUGGGACCUGGAGCUUUGAGGCACAGUUGGGCUGGUACCUGCUCCUGGAUGCCUUUCUCCUGCUGAUGGGAGGAGAGGAGAGGCAGAGCUGCAUUCUGUAGCUUGAAGGUCAUCCCUCUUUACCACGGGAGAUAGGCUCUGCACGGCGGGCUGAGGGGUCCGAGGGCCGCACAGGCUGCGAGGAGCUGUGCUGCACAGCAAUGCUAACCAGUGCUCCAGCUCCCAGCUUGAAGAACACAGAGCUCUGCUUGCUUUGGGCACUUCUCUCCCCCUUGAAGGUUUAGCUGGAGGCCUAUGGAUAACAUGCAAAUCAGGGCUUUCAUUUGCAUACUUCAUUCGUGGUGGUAUUAUGGUUCCCUUUGAAUCCGUACUGCCUCUGUGGGUUCUUCAGGAACAAGUCCCCUGUCUCUGCCUAAAGCUGGGACAGGCACGUUUGGUCCUGCCAUGCCAAAAGCAAAUGAGGGGUGACGAACCCAUCCCUGGGCUCUGGGAGGGGAGCUGAGCUCAUGCCCCUCAUGCUGAGGCUGUGGGGAGCAGGAGGAGGAUGCCGUAGGUCCCUGGUGCAGCUGGGAGCAGGACCUAAGGGGUGAUGGCUGCAUCCCACUGCCCGCCAUGUGCUCCCUGGGAAGGGAUCCCCACUGUGACUGGUGCUCCAGCAGAGGCCAGGCUGCAGGGGGGGAGCAGUUGUCCCUCCCAUGUGCCUUUCUCCUCCCUGCCCCAUCUUUCCCCAGGUUUGCAUGUCUUUGCCCUUGCCUUCGCCUUGGAGGUGUCAGUGGGGAAGACCAACACUGUGAUGGCUCUGAAUAACUCCAAUGUCCUGCUGCCCUGCACCUUCACCACCUGCAUAGGCUUCCAGGACCUGGUCUUCACGUGGUAUUUCAACUCAACAGAGAUGAUUUACCACGGCAAGAUAAAGAGCAAAGCCUCGGAGCCCUUGCUGGUGGCACGCAACCCACGAGUCGAGUUUGUCGGCUCGACGACCAAGAAGGACAACAACAUCUCCAUUCUCCUGAAGAACGUGGACUUCAGCGAUGCUGGGAAAUACACGUGCCACGUCAAGAACCCCAAGGAGAAGAACGCGCAGCACAACGCCACCAUCUUCCUCACGGUGGUCCAGAAGAUGGUGGAGGCAGACAACACUGUGACGCUCAUCAUCGUGGGCGUUGUGGGGGGGCUCAUCGGCCUCCUCAUCCUCUUCAUGCUCAUCAAGAGGGUUGUCCUGUUCAUCAUCAAGAAGACUCAGGAUGGGAAGAAGGAAUGCCUCGUGAGCUCCUCGGGCAACGACAACACGGAGAACGGCUUGGCUGGCUCCAAGGCGGAACAAAAAGCACCACCAAAGGCAUGAAGCAGCGGCACCUAACCCCGGCCCGCCCCGCAGCGGGGACAGGGGCAGGGGGCCAAGCCUUUCCCUUUUGUUUUCUUUCCAAACUGCCAAUGCUUGAGACAUGUUUCUAUUACACACGUGCCUGCAACCUGCACUGCUUCUCGGAAAAGACUUGGGCUGCCGCGGGGACUGGGAGCUUCUUGUGGACUCGGACUGGGAUGCUGCCAGGAUGGAGGGAGCUGCCUGCUCUGCAAUGAGCGAAGGCAAGAGGGUGCUGGGCAGGCAGGGAAGGGGCUGGGGAGUACUGUGGGUGCUGUGCUGCUUGCGGGGUGGUGGAUGGUGAGCAGGGGUCCCGGCGUGCCUGGGGGUAGAGGCUGCGAGGAGCUUGGGGUGUCUUUGUGUGAGUGGCAAUGCUGAGCUGGGGCAGGCAGGAGCUGCCUGCCUUGCACAGAGGGUGUCUGGAGCAGAGCAAAGGUGCACAAUGCUCACCAUAGAGGCAGAGGCUCCUGCCUUUGCUGCAUUUCCUAUGGGUCCGGCACAGGAGGAAGGGGGGAAGCAGGGCUGAUGCGGCAGGGCUUGGCUUCAGCUCUUGUAAGCACACUUGAGAACCAAAUCAGUGACCGUCAGGGCUGUCAUCUCAUCCCUGCAGGGGCUGGGUGCCGUGCUCCUGCCAUGGGCCGGGCUGGUUCCUCCUAUGCAGGGCUGUGGGGACCAGCGGCUGGGGCUGGCCACGUCAUGGGGUCACUGCUGGCUGCAGUGGGGUGAAGGUCCAUGUUUCACACCCUGUGUAGGGCCAUACCCCAGGGGCAGCGGGGGCAUUCCCGGGGGUGCUCCCUGGGUUUGUGCUGCUGCUCCUGCUCCUCCUCCCCUCUUUAAAGCCCAUCACUCAGCAUGCUCAGGGCAGUGAUGCUGCUGACGCUGCCUCGCCAAGGCUCAACUUGUUACGCAGAGGUUUUUUAUAUCAGACUCCAGUGGGAACGCAGCUGACGGCAUUCCCCCAUCACCCAAUGAAACCUGUGGCACUCCAUCUGCGACGCAGGGAGGAGGGAACACAGUGGAGCCCUGGCGAGGGGAGCAAUGCUAGGGCUGUGCCAGCCCACUCCUGGGCCUGCCACUGGCCCACGGGGUGACCUUGGGCAAGUCACUCUGCCUCUCCAUGCCUCAGUUUCCCCAUCUGUAAAAUGGGGGUAAUAACACUGCUCUACCUCA